CAGCAUUCCUUGGCGCACCUGGUACGGUCACACCAAUGAAAAGCCAACUCAGCUGAAAGUGAACCCAUUUUUAUACACAAAAAUUAGUAGCUGCAGCGAAAUAAGUUGAUUUCACCCGACAACUGCGCUCCAAAAACAAUGCAAAAUGCGGCUGACCAACGAGAAAGCGACAAUGCAGUCCCAGCUGAGUGACUUGGCCCUGUUCUUGGGCCUGGUGAUCUGCUGUCUUCCAACUUUGACGUGGGCUGCGACUCUCUCUGACAAGCGACUGUGCGCCGACCCGAAAUGUGAACAAAUUAUCUCGACGGGCAUUGCCAAAAUCAGCUAUGCCACCGGCGGCGAGGGGCUGAUAUCCUUCAAAAUCAACUCCCCCAUCCGCGUCCUGUCCAAAAGCGCCGGGUCCAAUAUGCAGCUGUGGGGAGUUGACAUCAAUGGACGGCGCGGCUAUGCUAAUAAGGACUUUAUCAUGGAGAAGAAGAUCCUGGUCCGGGAGAAAGACCUGUUGUUCGAGGUGCCAGUGGUGGGACCUGGCAGUCCAGUGCAGUCAUCGGAGACUCCAGUGAAGCCCGUGGAGACACCAGACAAGCCCCUGGAAACACCACAGAAGCCCGUGGACACACCACAGAAGCCCGUGGAGACACCACAGAAGCCCGUGGAGACACUACAGAAGCCCAUGGAGACAGCAGUGAAUCCUGCGGAGACACCAGUUCAGCCAUUGGAGACGCCAAUGCAGCCAGUUCUUAACGCCUCUGAGUCAACCGAUGACCUGGCAACGACCACAACGUCACCACUUGAGGUUGCCGUUGAUUCAAUAGUGGUUGAGCACGACAAGCUGCAGGAUCAGCAGGUUCCAGAUCCUACGGCGGCUUCCAAAGCCCAAGUGCAGGUUGUAGAAGGCACUGAGCUUCCCCUGGAAGCCAUUCCAGCUGUAACGGAAAGUGUCACUGUUCCAGGGAAGACAGAAGACCCCCAAGAAGCAACGAAAUCGGACUCGGCAGUUGUUGACACGAAUGAGCCACAGACAUCCACUUCUGAGCCCAUUAAAUCGCAGGAAGAUUCAAAAGCGCAGCAACCUGCCAAGGAAGCUGAGAAACCUCCCCCACUGUCCCAGGCCAUCAACGCUGAUUUUGAUGACUCUUACGAUUUCGAUUACGGGGAUGACGAGACAGACGAAGACGAAGACGACAAUGACGACUCAAAACAAGGUAGUCAAGAUAACGAAUCGGUCACAGAGAUAGCAAACGAUAGCAAAUCAAUUAACGAAUCGAUUGAACUGAACCCUCUUAUGGGCAAUCAACUGAACACAACUGAUAAAUUGGAGGAUGCAAAGGAUGAGACUAAAGAAAAGCAGAUAGAAGUGGAGGUCUCAAAGGAGGAAGGCUCUCUUUUAUCCACUGAGGGCUUAAAUGGGACGACACUAGAAGAGAAAAUUGAUCAGAAGGAAUCUGCUAAGCAGGAACUGGAUGCAGUCGUGGAAUUAAAGUCGCCAGAUCCUUUGCCCAUCGAGGAGGUCACCGAAAAGGAGGGUGAGCCCCCGCAAACCAUUGUUAAAGAUGAAGUGAAUGAAGAAAUAGCUUUGGUUACUGCUGAAAUCCAAGCUGAGCCUGAAAAAGAAAACGUUACCGAACCUAUUGUUGCUCAAAAUGAUGAGGAAAUAAAAGCGUCAUCUGAGUCAGUAAUUAGCUCAACCGCUCCUGUCUUUGAAGAGGCACCACUAAAAGCGGAGUCUGUUAGCCUGCCGCCUCUUUUUGAAAAGAAAAACUUUGAGAAUCCCAAUGAUUACUACAAGCAAUUGCAGGAGCAACAGGAAAAACAGAGAUUACUUGUAGAGGCGGAGCAGCAAAAGAGGUUACAAGAGGAAGCGGAGCAGCAGAAGAGGGUACAAGAGGAAGCAGAGCUGAAUAAAAGGUUAUUGGAAGAAGCCGAGCUACAGAAGAGGUUACAGGAAGAAUCAGAGCAGCUGCAGCGAUCAAGUGAGGAAGCGCAGCCACAACUGAUUAAUGAUUUUGUGGAUGCACAGUCUAAUGAAAUCGUUGAUAACAACAAUGAGCAGAAGCCAGAGCAAUAUCAGCAGUACCAUCACCCAGAAAGUGCCUUUAAUUUCCCAUCAACUGCAUCACAUACUACUCCAACGCCUGACGCUGAGUCACCGUACGCAGCAGUCCAAGAGGAGACCACAGAAGCAUCCCAACCAGAUAACCGUCGUGAGGAAGUUGGUUCCGUGGAGCCAGUAGCUCUGCCCGCGACGACUAGCCCCGUGUCGGAAUUGCCCGUCAAGGAGGACGCCGUAGGCUUCGGUCUCUUUGCCACGAUUGUCGACACCGUAAACAAUUUUAUAGGAAAGGAUCCCCAGAAUGCUCCAGCAGAUAGCAGCGAUGAACUGCACAGAAUUCUUUAUCCAGGAAAGCCUGAGGUGCCAUCUUCUCAAAAGAAGGCGGAAGACCCGGCAACUGCCGAUGUGGAUGGAUAUUGUGCCCGGUUUCAAGCCCAAGAUGAGCACUGUCAUCGCUCUAUAUCCCUUGAUAAUUUUGUUGAAGUAAUGGCGGGCAAGCUGGUUGAUCACAGCCAACUUUUGCUCUGCGUAGUUAUAGCGGCGACUUCUUCCUUGUUCUUUAUGUUUGCAUACUACUGCUUCUGCAACAGCAGUCAGGAGGGAGCACUUCUUUCGAAGCUGAACCAUUUGGAGCGCAGUCUAUUGGCCUCUCACAAGGAGAACCUGAUCAUUAAGCACGACCUGAUGACUACGCGAACAAAGUUGGCCAGCAUUGAGGACAACUCCUUCGGCUCAAACGACAUGGUGGCCGACCUUAAAAAGCAGCUCGAAUCGGAGCUAUACGAGAAGGCUAAGCUGCAGGAGCAGGUUGGCUCAUUAGAAAGGGAUCUGGAUAACGCCGCUGAGGCUGGCCUGGAGCUCAACAAGAUGCUGUCCGAAGUCCUGAACAGCCAGAAUGGGGAUGAUGCUUUCAUGAGCACCGUCGACGAACUGCAGCGACAGCUCAAUGACCAAGAAAAGAUCAUCAUUGAAAUCAACACAAGUCUGGCCGAGAAAAGUAGAGAGAACAGCGAACUGCAGUAUUCUUUUACCGAGGCCACGACCCGCCUUUCCAGCGAGCUGAAGACGCUGCAAGAGGACAACUACGAGUUGGAAAUGGAAAAGUCUAAGCUGCAAACUCGACUUCAGGAAAUUCAGGCAGAAACGGAAACGGAGUUGGCCAAGGCACUGGAAGCAAGAAAUUACGAAAUGCAAAGGCUGCAGAAUCAGAUUGUUGAGCUGACUGCCAAGUGGGAGCGGGAACAUGGCGAUCUGCAAACCAGUUUAGCAAAAAUCGAAGCUCUCGAAGAUUGCCUUAAGGCUGUGAAAAAGGAUGCCAACCUAAAUGUCCAGGAGCUGAUCAACUCGGCCAAGACACGCGGUGAACUCAACGCGGUUCAUAAAAAGUUAGUCGAGUUGCAGGCGAAGGUGGAGCAAGAGGUGGCCCACAAGCAGCGUCUGGAGAGCCAGUUACAUCAAUCGAGUCAAGAUGUUGAGCAGCUGAAGCAGGACUUCAACCAAUCAGAGCGCGAUAAGCUAGAAGCCCAGACGCGCCUUGAAGUCUUAUCCGGGUACUUCAGGGAAAAGGAGAACGAACUUAAGAAAGAACUAAGUCUGCAGGAGACCAAGUGGCUGCAGCACCAGGGAGAGAAUGCCAGCACAGUGGAGACCCAGACGCUGAUGAAGAACGAAAUCCAAACUCUGAAAUCUCAGAAUGACGAGCUGCGUGCCGAGAUUGAGGCCCAGAUAGCCUCCCACAAAGCUCAGAUGGGCACGCUGGAGAAUCGCGCUCAUGAGUCCUGGCUGGCGGCGCGCCAGUCGGAGCGCCGAUGCGAAGAAGCGUUGGCCGAAGCCGCUAGCUUGAGGCGCAAGCUGACCACGAUGGCCAGCGGAGGUGGAGGGAUAGGCGGAGAUCCGGGCGUAAUGGAGGCCAUUGCCGCCAACGGAGCUUCUGUGCUGGGGGCGGAACUGAAAACGGCACCAUCGCCGCUCCCCUUGCCGGGUUCCCCACUACUGAACAUGCCAAAUCCACUGCCAUUCCUGCCGGCACCCUUCUCACCGUUCAUGGGCCUGCCGCCGCCAUUCCUGCCGCCAACUGGAGCGGGAGGGGCACGUCCUCCGCCUCUGGGACGCAUGCGUUCCCCGCAGCCCUCGAAUCGCGGCGAUCGGGAUCGAGAGCGAUACUCGGACUACAGCGAUUACGAUGACUACGACGACGACGAUGAGGACGACCGGGGCAUGGACCGUCAUCGAAGGCACAGCGGCAGCUGGGGUCGCCGGCAUCGCGGCUCCUAUAGCCACUCGCCGCGCACAUAUCGCUCGUUGUCCCCGUCGGACAGUCGGUACAACUACAACGACACGGAGACGGACUUCAGUCCACCCCCAAGUCCGCCGCCCGUUUCUUCGGGACGCAGUGCAACAUCGCGACCCUACAGCGAGGUAUGAGCGGAUGGGUGUUCCCGUGCAACCAAGUCCUACCAAGUAUAUUAGACUCAAAACUAGUUCAAAUAUAUUUAUUAAUCAACGAUUAUCGAACGGUCGGAUCGGUGCGGGUCGGGACGGCCUCUUAAACCGAUUCCCCAAAUCUAGGGAUCUCAGGAGAAUUCAUCAACAACUAAGAAAACUCCUGUCUCAACGGUGAAUGAUAUCUAAGAAAAUUGAAUCAAAUUAAACACAAUGACAAACACCAAUCCAA